AUGGACCAUGAACCCGACGUGCAUCGGCGUGACAAUGAGAAUGGCGUUUCAGAAGGGCCUUUCGAAGAUGUGAUUCAAAUUCACGACAAUGAAGAUCCUUGUGAAGAGGCUGAACUGGAUGAUGACUAUGAUCGCGAGCUGGAUGAAUUUAAUCACGGUAUGGUCCGUGUUUGGGAUGAAGACAGCGACAACGAUGACGAUGGUCAAGCGCGCACAAAUCAACCAGGCUCCAUCGUCCCACCAUUACAACUUACAGGAGAGAGACGACGCAGGAAAAGGGAAUUCCCCUCCAUGUCGAAUUGGUGGCGCACUCUUCUGAUCGGCUCAGCAGAGCCUGGCACCUUGUCAACAGGACAUGUGGCGAUGAACAUGUUUUCAUCCAGUCUUCAUCCAGGUGUGCUGCUUGCCAUUCCUGUAUACUUCUCGAAAACGGACGUCGUACCUGGAAUGUUAAUUCUCACACUGGUAGCCUUGUUGAGUAUAUUCGGCGGUGGCUUAUGGGUGAGCCUUGGUCGCUAUGUCGGUGGCAGUACAAUUGAAUCAAUCACAAGUAAAGCGUUUGGCAUGAACACACGAUGGAAAAAGAAUAUUGGGCAUGCCCUUAGUAGUAUAGCGCUCGUUGUGUAUUGCACGGGCGCUGCUGUCAUUGCUUACCAUGCCAUGACGGAUUUGCUUAUCCAGGUAUUCAUGCACUAUACAAUCAGAGGCCAAAUAUUCCAUGAUAGGGCCUUUGUCACCCUUGCUGUUGGUGGAUUUCUGACACUUCCUCUCCUGUUGACAACCACACCUAAGAGGAACAUGUUUCAAAUUCAGUCAUGGACAGUUUUAUUAUUUUAUCCCGCCAUUAUUGGCAUUUUGCUCAUGCGCAUAAAUGAAUGGACCAUAACUGGCCUCCGGAAAGGUUCAAGGAAUUUGUCGGGCGAAGAAUCAAUGGUUUUGGUGCCCCAGCCUUAUCUACCAGAUAACUCGUGGCCAUGGGCUAGUACAGCCAUGUUACCCUUACUUGUACUCAGCGCAUCACCCGUUCAAGUUCUUGCUCACAGUCGCAGCCUACGUCGCAAAACGGCUUACGAUUCAAAUGUGAUGGCAUUCUUUUUUGCGCAGCUUUGUCAAGUCAUACUCAUGCUCCUCGUGACGUAUGUUCUUGGUGUUGACGUCGGCCUUGUUGGCACGUCAAAGCUUAGCGCAGGACUCCAUGCCAAUUUUUUUAAUGCAUUCCCCUUGGAUGAUAAUUAUAUCAAUGCGGCCAGAGGACUCUUCAUUCUUCUCCUUGCCGCCCAUCUCACUGUAUGUCUCGCAUCCGCUCGAUCUUGUUGGAGCCGCUUCUUCAAGUUACUCAAUCUGCAUCCCCUCCGCAACAUGACUCCGCCUACACCACAUAUUAUCCGACAGCAAGCCAAUGCUCAGACAAGGCCUAGUGCCCCUCAAAUGUUUAGCCCAGCGUGGCUUCCAUCUUCCUGGCAUAGCCCACUUGUACGUCAGAUGAACAAUGUGCCUCAGGACGUACAAGCAUGGCAAAGAGGUAAAUCACUUCAGGACAAAUUGGCCGCCAUUAUUCUUUGGUCUAUUACUGCUUUUCCAGCUUACUUUUCUGGUGUGGGGGGCGUUUUUCGGCGAAAUGAGAAAGAAGGCGAAGAGCUUCGAUUCUUGCGUUCUUUGGAAUACAUUGGUAUUCUCGGAGCCGUCGUCGGCUUCAUACUCCCUGCUUUGAACUGGCUGGUGCUAUUCAAAAUUCGCAGACCACGAGCUAUCUUACUUCUUCAAAGCAAUUCGAUGCGCCGGCGCAUCAGUCGCUUUUUGUUAUCACCGCUUAGUACUUUGAUUGGUAAAACAUCUUAUGCAUCGGAGGAUACAGAGCCACUCCUUUCUGAGAACUCAGAGAACCCGCCUCUUGAUGAUCAUGGGCACCCAUGUCAUCCGAUGAGUAUAAGUAUACCAAAUCAUACGAAUGAGCAUUCAUCUAAUAAUUGUGAUGACGCUACACUGAUAUUGCUCGCACGGAAAGAAUGCGAGCUGCAGAGAAAGUCGCGAAGACGACGUCGCUGGCAAGAAUUUUUGGUCGUUUUAUUCCUAGUUCCAUUUGGGCUGUUGUUAAUUGCAGCGGCCUUUAUUGAGCUUCUCCAGGGUGGGUACUAA